GGGGCAGCAGUGCAGUAUGCCAACUGGGUGAAGAACAGGAUGGGCAGCAAGGGGCUUGGAGGCAAGAGCCCAUACUCCUUAUGGACAGGGAAGGUGCCGAAUGUUUCCAUGGCACGAGUGUGGGGGUGCAUGGCACAGUAUAAGGUACCUGACCAGCAAAGGAGGAAGCUAGAUCCUAAGGCACAGUGGGGGAUCUUCCUUGGGGUUUCUGAGAGGAGCAAGGCUUGGGUGCUGUGGAGUGUAGCUGACCAGCGUGUGAUGGAGAGCCGUGAUGUGGUUUUCCAUGAGGGGCUGAAUUUUAAGGGGUGGAAGGAGCAUGGUACAAGCCAAAGUGGGACUUCCAUUCAAGACCCUCAUACGGCUUCUAUCUUUGAGGGGCAUGGGAGGACCCUGGAGAUGAAGGGGAGGAGCAGCAGGAGGAGCCAGAACCAGCUUGAUCCUAACCAUGAGGAGUCCCGAGAGACAGAUUCUACCCCUCAGCCAGCCACGCAGGCCGAUGCGCGUGAUGAUCAGCCGGAGCAGCAUGUGCCUUCAACUCCAUCGAGAAGCAGUUGGCAGCAGUUGUUGAACCAGCAGCUGUCAAGACUCCAAGGACUCCAAUGAAGAGGGUGACUUGGGAGGAGAAGCUGCGGAGGCUGGAAGAAGGAGAGGCAACACCUCUGCGACGCAGUGCUCGAAUUUCCCAGCCACCUGAAAGGUUUUCACCGGGGCACAUUGCACGCAUGCAUGAUCAUCUUGUGUCUGAUUUGGAUGAUUGCAUGCUUGUGGACAUGCAUGGGCAUGAGUAUGCUCUUGAUGUGUGUCUAAUGGGUCAGGUGCAUGAGCCUAGGUCAGUCCAUGAGGCCGCUGAACCGUCCCGAAUGGGUUGAGUCUAUGCAUGAGGAGCUUGAGUCUCACAAGGUAAAUGGAUCAUUUGAGCUGGUUGAUCCAGCCGUGGUACCACCUGGUUUGGAGGUCCUCAGGUGUCAAUGGGUUUGGAAAUACAAGCAUAACCCUGAUGGUACCAUUGAGAGGCCUAAGUCCAGAUUGGUGGUGAUGGGAAACACGCAGAAAUUGGGAGUACACUAUGAAGAAGUGUACUCUCCAGUUGGGAAGCAUG